AAUAAACGUUACCUUUUUCCAUAUUCUGUGAAUUACAAAUUAAAUUAAAUUUAUCCUUAUUAUCAUUUUCCUCCUUUAGUUUUAAACGAGGGGCGUUUUAAAUCGUUUUAUAAUAUAGUGUGCCAUUAUGAAAGGUAACUCUCGCCUACUCAGCUUUGCAUAUCUCCAUGUUAUUUUGAUAUUUAUAAGUCUAGGAUACAGUGAUGGAUCUUUAUUCUUUCACGAACCGUCAUACCUGGAGUUACAAUCACCAGAUGCGAAAACCGAUUUUGGGUUCUCCAUUGCUUAUCAAUCUAAGUGGAACAGUUUAGCGGUUGGUGCACCCCAUGGUGAUUUAAAUGGUAAGGUUUUCAAGUGUCCCAUGGAUGGAGUAGUUAGAAAGAAAAAGCUGAUGUGCAACAAUCUUAACAUCAACAUAGAAAAAUUAGCUGGUGACUACAGCAGACAUAAUAGCACCGACCAAAAUUUUUGUCUCGGAGCCUCAAUGUCUGUGACGCCUGAUUAUAUAUUUACGUGUGCGCCAUUAUGGACAUCAGAUAUUCAAGAUGGAAAUAAGUUGAAGUUUGGUGCGCUGGGCACGUGUUUUGUUUCUAACGACACUAAUGCCAGUCGAUACAAUGGUUUACUAGAACAGUAUGUGAAGAAAGAUUCCGAACGACGCAUUCCUAAAAUAGAGGAAAUAUAUGGGGGUAUCGGUUGGAAUACUCUGUACGAUCCAAAUAAUAACUUAAUUCUCAUUGCUAAGUCUUCUCUCAAAAGUAGUAUCAGUGUGAUGCAAAUGAAUGAUCCUUCAGCACCGACGUUUGCCGUCGCAUUGGGCAGCAUGUUUAACCAAUACGAAAAUCUAGGUCUCAGUUUUGCCGUUGGUGUAUUUUUUAAUAAUCAUAAAGUGUUAUAUGCAUUUAGCAUGAUCUUACGUAGUAGACUCACAGGCGCUAUAGCCUUCCUUUACUACGAAAGUAGUGAUAAAACAAUGAAAAUAUUACAAUACAAAAAUCAGCCAGUUCAAAUUGAAGAUGAUUCUACGAAUUCAAUGUAUGGUACAUCUCUUUAUAGCGUUGAUUUGAAUGGUGAUAGUUCCUCGGAGCUCCUAGUUGGUGCGCCUGCGCAUAGUACCUAUGAAGGCGGGUAUGAAAAUGGUGCCGUUUUCAUCUAUGUUGGAGGUGGUCAGCCCACCACAAAAACCGGUUCGAACCUUUGCAUCCGUGGUAACAAAGACGGUUCACGAUUUGGAACAGCCAUCUCUUCUAAUGAUAUCGAUGGAGACAGUCUUCCAGAGGUAUUUAUUAGUGCACCUUAUGAAGAUUCUGGUGCAGGAGUAGUAUAUGUUCUAUCUGGUUACGAGGUUACAAGAAUGUUACUGAUAACGGGAACGAACACAGUAAUAUCAAUAUCAGAGUUUACCGACACGCAAACAAUAAAAAAUUCACCCUUCAAAUUAUUUGGUUUUAGCCUCCAGUCUAUUCGAGAUUUCGAUAAAAAUGGUGCAAGUGUGUUAGCGGUAGGUUCGCCAAAAAACAGUACAGUUGUACUUUAUCGCGGUUUACACUUCAUUAAUGUGACAGUGACAGCUUUACUUAGAGGGAAAGAGAGAGUAAAGGAGAACGAUAUGAAUUUUACUGUAACUGUGUUUGUAAACGUAUCGUUUCCGGUGAAGCCAAAUAUCAUGUCUGGUCGACUAUUCGUGACUACAAAUAUAAUCGGAGACGCAGCUCGCAUAGUGAAUAGAACAUAUGAAAUUAAAAUUACGAAAAAAGUAUCACUAUACACUAACGAGGUCCUCGUGUUGUUGGACGAUACAGAGCCCGGCAAUUAUAAAUUCAGCGCUAAAGUCGAGUCAGACAUGAAACUUCUGGAGGCACCAGAAUUCGACAGGUUAUUUACAAUAAGUAAUUAUAGCAAAUCUGAGACAGUUUUGGAUGUUGUACGUCGAUGUAAAGGAAACGAUUGCGUGCCUCGUCUGUCUAUGUAUUUCGUGUGGUAUGGCAGUACGGAUGAGGUUUAUAUACUUGGAUCAAGUUCACUUGAAAAUAUGAGUGUAGUAGUGAGAAAUGAUGGUAACGCCACUUAUGAAUCCUGCGCGUGGAUCAAGGUUGAAGGAGUCAAGGCUUCAGUUUUGGGAUGUAUCCAACUUAACGAAGUAUGGUAUAAAUGCGACUUGAUAAACAUCGAAAGACACGGCGAGCGUCCUAUAAACAUUCGACUAGAUACAAGCAAGACGUCAAAUCGAGAUGAGGGCCUGGAGGUCGAGGUUCAGUUGUAUAAUAACUGUGCUGCCUCUGGAAUGAACGCCACUAAAUCUCAAAGCAAGAACAUACCAUUUGAAUUAAAUACCGCUGAUAUUUCUAUUGACUAUUUACAUUAUGAUCGGAAUAUUACGGAGCGUGAAAUUCAAGACGUUGAAUCAGAUUCAGUAAUAGGAAUUCGUGAUUUUUUUACGAUUACAAAUAACGGAACCGUUACGUGGAAAUCUAUUCAUGCAUUGAUCACAUUGGAAAACCGUCCAUUUAUUAAAAAUCAUACGAUAAUGAUGCCAGAAACAAGUGAAUGUACUGAUAGCACGUCAGAAGAUCUAACAAUUUUCAACUGUACCUUAACUCUCGAAGCAAAUUCGACUUUUAAAAUAUCGACCACGACGAAUAUUUUGAAGGAAAGAAUGAUGAACAACUUCAAAGAUGGGAAAUUAAGUGUCACAUCGACUUAUGUUCUAUUUCUGGAACCAACUUUAAAAACUCUCAACAAAACAUUAAUCUCAACACUGUAUAUUCAAAAGGAUACAAGUUUUGGGAAUAAUAAGAAUCUUAUAAUCGUGGUAGCUAUUAUAGUCGGAUUAUUGGUGCUUGCUGUUAUCAUGUUGAUCUUAUACAAGGUUGGCUUUUUCAAGAGGAAGGAAAAGACCAAAUUGGACACGCUGAAGGAGGAGAUAAGGCAGAAGAGUAUACAUCGACCCAAUCCUGACGAUGGAGCGACUUCCUCUCAUGAAGAUACAGAGGCUGAUAUAGAAAUAAUAGAGGAUGCCAUAUCUUUGCAACUGAGGAAUUUCAAAUUUUCAAACGAUUCAGAAGUGUUAAUAAAAGAUUAAAAUUUCUGAACUUUCAAUUAUAAGUUCAUAGAAAUGAUUUAAUGUUUGAUUAUUUUCUUUUAAAUAUAUUAUUUAAAGGGCUGUAACAUUUUGAU